AUGAAAAUCACCUGGAACGAGAAGGCGGAUGCCAAGUUGCUGGCUGGCAUACUUGCUACUAGCCCCACUCCUAUCGAUUUCAAUGCCCUUGCAGAGUACAUGGGCGACGGAGUCACCGCCUGUGCCGUCCGCCACCGCGUAACCCGCCUUCGGGCUAAGGCUACGGAGACGAAUGACGGUAGUGGAACUUCUGCUCCUGUUUCGCCAGUGACCAAGAAGCGCCAGCGCAGUACCCCAAAGAAGUCUACCAAGGCCGCUGCCACCCAGUCUAAGGAGGUUGAUACUCAGUCUGGCGAAGGCCCGGUUCCCAAGGACGACGAAUCUGACAUCGAUGAUGACAAGGGCAAAAAGCCCAAGAUCAAGCACGAGGAAUCAGAGGAUGACCUUUUGCGUGCCGAGGAUGCCAUCAAGGAGGAACCUUCUUCCUCGGACCUCUAA